AUGGCCAACCCCGACCAAUCACCCGCUCAAGGGUUCCCUCAACAGCCUAAAAAGCUGUUCAUCCAGCUAUCAGGCGCCCCGGGAGCCGGCAAGUCCACCAUGGCCGAGCUGCUGAGACACCCCACCGGCGCCGUGGUGCUGGACCACGACAUCAUCAGGUCCGCCUUACUAUCCGGCAACGAGAUCGCCUUCCAGGACGCCGCCAAGUCGGCCUACCGCCUGAACUGGGCGCUGGCCGAGUCCAUCCUGAAGCAAGGGUUCAGCCUUAUCAUUGAUAGCACCUGCAACUACCGGGAGAUCCUGGACAGGGGGAUUGAGCUCGCCAGGCUGCACGGGUGCGAGUACUGGUACGUCGAGUGCAGGGUCACCGACAUUGAGCUGCUGGACGGGAGGCUGCGUGCGAGGACGCCGAUGCGGAGCCAGAGGACGGGCGUGGACCGCGCGCCGGUUGAUGCCACGGCCGCCGAGUAUAGUGAUGCGAGGGCGAGGUUCAUGCGCUGGGUGGACAGCCCGGCGCGGCCUGGGGAGGGCGACGGGGUGAAUUCGAUUACUGUUGAUGCGACAGCUAACCCGGAGGAGAGGCGGGAUGAGAUUCUUGCCAAGAUAUUCUCAUCUUAG